UCUCUCUACUCGCUCAUGGAGUCUUUCUCCAUUUGCCUCUCAGCUUCUCAGUCUCUCCUAAACCAUCGCAAAACCCUAAAAUUCACGUCUAAAUCCAAUAUUGGCCCCUCAAAUUCACUUCCCACUUGCAAUUCCACUUCCAAUUUUACUUCCUUGACCAAUUCUUUGCAAAUUCGUUCCUCUAAUCACCAACUAAAGAGUACUUCAAGAACCAAAUUCUUCAAUCUUCUGUUCAAAAAUCUUUCUUUUCUCAAUACCCAGCAAUUUUUUCUUAAACCCGACAUGGGUGUUCUUUUUCUUGGACUCUCUUUUCCACUUUCUUGUUUUGCCUCAGAAACUAUUGCUCCCCCUGAAGAGGUGUCUAGCAAAAUUAACUUAGAAUCAAUUUUGGUUUCUAUAGACAAUUUUUUCAACAGGUACCCCUUUUUUGUUGCCACUGUCACAUUCAUUUGGCUCGUUGUCAUUCCCCUAACAGAGGAGUAUUUACAAAAAUACAAGUUUAUUUCAGCCAUUAAUGCAUUUAAAAAGCUCCAGUAUGACCCCAAUUCUCAGCUUUUAGAUAUCAGGGACAGCAGGAGUCUGGCCUAUUUGGAAUCACCCAAUUUGAAAAUCUUGAAUAAGAGUGCACUACAGGUUGAGUUUCGUGAAGGAGAUGAAGAGGGCUUUGUGAAGAAGGUUUUGAAGAACUUUGGGGAGCCAGGAAAUACAACUAUUUUUAUCAUUGACAAGUAAGUUUUGGAGAUAUGUUAGUUGCAAUUGCAAUGUACUGCAAUCUGUUGGAUGAUUUUUGUGAAUAGUGACGUCGAAAUAAGUAUAAUAAUGGUGACAA